AGCUGAAUAGGAGUACAAAAUUAAAAUGAAUAUUUCUUUGUGUAGAACAAUUAUAUUGGCAAUAUUAUUGUUUGUAUCUCAAGUGAAUUGUUCGUGUCCCACAAUCUCAAAAGAAUUGGAUGAUCAAUGCAGUACCUAUUGCUAUCAAGUUGUAAAGCCGCUUCUACAAUACGUAAAUACGAUCACAACAAUGACACAGGAACAUUACGAAUUGCAGAAAACAAUUAAGGUGCAAGCCGAAACAAUAAAAAACUUAAACGAAUUGAUGAAAUCUAAAGACUGGAGCAGCAAAGCAAAAUGAUAAAGUUAAGUGUAAGUCAUAGUCAAAAUCAACAGAAUUUAAUUAAUCAACAUAAGAUACAUUCCGAACUUUGGUCAAAAUUUAAUGAGCUUGAAAUUAAAAGUGAAACUCAUCAAAAACUUAUUGAUGAGUAUAAGAUGGAAUUAUCUUCAAUGAAAUUAGAAAUUCAGUCGAAAGAUGACAAAAUAAGGAAUUUACAAACUGAAAAAGUUAAAAUUAAGGAACUACAGAGUGAACAAUCAUCUAGCUGUCUCUGCAGAUCAACCAGCUUUCAUACAAUCACACUCCCCGAUGCUCAACCAUUCACAGUUUCCUGUGAAUCGAAUUUGACUAAAGAUGGAACUGGAUGGACCGUGAUUCAAAGGCGAAAAGAUGGCAGCGUCGACUUCAAUCGAACAUGGGAUGAGUACAAGGAAAGUUUUGGAGAUCUGGCAGGAGAGUUCUUCCUUGGGCUUGAGAAGAUUCACUUGCUGACACAAUCCCAACCUCAUGAAUUGUAUAUACUCCUUGAGGACUUUGAAAACGAAACACGAUAUGCCAGAUACAGUUACUUUGUCAUUGGUGGCGAGAGAGGGUCUUAUAUGAUAGAAGAACUGGGCAUAUUUUCAGGCAAUGCUGAAGAUGGACUGAUAUUUCUAACAAAUUGUGUGUUUUUAACAGCUGAUAGAAUGAAGUAUGUUAAUGAUUACACAAGAUUCAAUGCUUCUGGCUGGUGGUUUCGUCCUAAUAGUUUUAUAAGUAAUCUAAACGGAAAAUAUGCCUUUGCCGAUGGAGAUAAAGAUGCUCACGGGGUAUCGUGGAGAGCUUGGAAAUCACAGCCCUUGAAAUAUGCUUAAAUGUUGAUUAGACCUACAGUGGCGUGCAAGACUGAGUACAUGUUUGCAACUACUGACUUUGGGUUCGCAUAAAAAAAGUUAUUAGUAAAGUAAAUGAGCCCAAAUUUUUUGUGUUUAUUCUUUGAAUCUUUAUUAACAAAAUCUUAUACAAAAUAUAACAAAAAAUACUAAUUGGUUUAUU